AAUUUUAAAUUUAAAAAAAACUUUCUGAUGUAGGACAAAAACAUCUAAGCUAAACUCUUCCAUAUUUUCGUUUUCUCGCGUGUUCAAUGUUGUCUUUAUUUGUAGCGAUUGAAUACAAGCCGAUUAAAUAAUUAAAUAAAUUGUGUGAUGUUUCAACGUAAAUUAUGUGCAUUUUCUCCUUGCGGAGAACUUUUUGUUUGUGUAAAUGAUGCUGAAAUCCUGACAAUUUGGGAAACGGCUACUAAUAAUGUUAAACAAGAGUUUGAUGUUAAAUUGAACUUAAAAACCUCUUGCUCUUCUAUAAAUUGGGGAACAUUUCAAAUUACAUCUGUUGAAAAUGAAGGUGAUAAUACAGAAAAGCAGUUCAUAUUGAUUGGAACAAAAAUAGGACAUAUUUAUGUGUAUGAUUAUAGUGUUGGAAAAUUAUAUAACCAUUUUAAUGGGGGCCAUAGCUGUGAUGUCAAUGACUUAAGUCUACACUGUGAAACAAGUAGCUUAUUUAGUUGUUCGAGUGAUAAGUCUGUCGUUAUUUGGGACACCAUUUCUGGAAAGAUAAAUCAACAGUGGACUGCAGAUGAUGAAGAAAUCUAUUCUGUAUCUGUUAUAGAUAGUAAUAAUUUGCUUACUGGAAGCACAUCUAUUAUUUGGUGGAAUAUAAAAGAUAAAAGUGUUAUAAAGAAAUUUCAUUGCCUAGAAGCUCCGAUUACUAUUUUAAAAGUAGUGAACUCCUUAGACAUUUCUUCUGGCUCAUACUUUUUGUCUGCAUCAAUGGGUACACCUAAAAUCAGUGCUUGGUCAUUAAAUGAAAAAAAUUGCCAAAAAGCUGUAGCUUCUUUUGUUGUAAAUAGUGAGCCACAAAGCAUAGAUGGGAGUCAAACUUUUUCUAAAGAUAAUCCCCUUUUGCUAACUGCAGUUACAAAAACAGGAAAUCUGGUUUUAUUUAAACAUGUUUUAAAUGGAAAAACUAAAAAUUUGACUCCGGAAAUGACAGUUGAAGUUGUUUCUAAAGCAACUAAAGGCAAUAGUGAAAUGGCCCCAUCACAUGUUCCUAUUUUUUCUUCCAAAAUUUUGCAUUGUGCGGAAUCUUGCAUAAUUGCAUAUGGAGAUGAUGAUUGUCCCAUAUUUGAAUCAGUGAAUAUAUAUGAUUAUCCCAAAAAGUUAACAUUAGCUAGAGAGAGAAAAUUACAAGAAAAAGUAUAUGACUUCUUUGUACCCAAAGUGAAACUUUGCAAAAAAUGGCAAGAAAAUUCAAUGACAAAUGGUCAAUCUUUUAUUGGUGCAUCUUGUAACAGUCCUAAAAGAAGAAAAGUGGUACAAAUGAAUGCUACAACAGAAUCUUCUUCAAAUGACUCCAACACAACUGUAAAUAAAGUGUACCAGGAUAACAGAUUAUUAAAUUCUUCCCCAACAGUGAAAAAGAAAGAAAAACUUUCCAAAAAACUGGAAAGACCAAAAACUCCUGAAUCAGACAUCGAAGAUAUUGUUAUCUCAACAGAUCCAUCUGAAGUUAUAGAUACCCUCUUAAGAGGUAUAGAUGAAAAAAAUUCAUCUAUAAUAAACUCGGUGCUAAAGUGUGAUGAUUCUGAAUUGAUAGAGGCUGCAGUCAAAAAUCUACCCCUGCCAAGGUUAAAUAUAAUUCUCUUAGAAUUAUAUGAAAGAUUAAAACUUCAAGAUAAAAGGUAUGAUUCCAGUUUGAGACAUUGGUUAAAAGAAAUACUAUCAUAUCACUUACCAUAUUUAAUAACUCAUGAAGAUCAUAAAUUUGUAUUAAAUAAAGUAAGUGAACUUAUUGAUGUCAGAUAUAUCACCCACACACUAUCAAAAAUGAGACUGCUAAGAGGAUUACUGCAAGUUCAUAAAAGGAACACUUCAUCAGAAAGCAGCGAAAGUAGUUCCAGUGAAAAUGAUAUAGAAGAGCUUGUUGAUUCUUAAAAAUCUUGUUUUCUUUUAAUUAUUGUUUAUAAUAUAUGUUUAUAAAUAAAAUUUUCAAUAUUUGUUUAAA